AGAAACUGCAGUAAACAGAAAACUUAAGUUACUGCGUUUGAAGAUUUGUGCGUGAAAUAUUUCAGCGAUGGCUAAAUUUGUGGAUGAUAAUUACUGGGUAAAUCGUGCUCAUGAAGAGGCUGUGGAGAAUGCGAAAUUAAAAUAUCAGCAAGGAGGGGGACCAUGUGUGAUGUUUGCUCUUGAUACGUCAGGAAGUAUGGCAGGAGAAGGGUUUCAACAGAUGAAGACGGCUUUUAUUGAUAUCAUAGAUGAAUACGCGAAAGGCCACAUGGAUGAAACUGUGGCUGUUGUUACUUUUGGAGAGGAAGUCAAGUUUCGUCAUUAUUAUUCCAAUAACUACCAAUCUCUGAAAAGAUGUCUGGAUGACGUGAACUGUCGGGGCGCUUCCCCCAUUCAGGCAGCCAUCACACUCUGUCUGUCUGGCUUGGCUUUAGGUGGAGGAUACACAGCAGGGAUAGGAAUGUUCCAAGUGAGAGCGAGACUUGUAUUGAUCACUGAUGGCAAACCCACAACUUCAAACAUGAUAGGAGGAGAGGACGACGAAGAUUUUAUGGACCCAGUAGAGACGAGGAAAUCUUUAAUGAACUUUACUGGAGAUAUUGGACGAGGCAUAUCUCUGAACUGUAUACCCGUAGGAGAGGAUCCCGAUUUUUGUCUACUGGGAUCGAUUGCGUAUUCAUCACGUGGAGGUAAACUAAUACAACCCCAACAAGCCAGGCAGUAUGGGAGGUAUCACGUAAACAUGAAAAAAGCAGCGGAGCUUUUAAUGAAUAUACGAAAGGAGGAUUUUUCUCAUGAAGAUUUACAAUUAGCCAUGACUUCUACUGGAAUGAUCAAUCAGUUAUUGGAGGAAGAUAUGGAUGACGUUCUAGAAAUUAUAAAUGAAAGAGCGGCAUAUAAACAUCAUCCUGGUAUAGACGAUGACGAAGAUGAUGAUGAUGGAAAUUGUGAAUUUAACCCAGAGAUGCUUCCAGUGGGAACAAGGGUUCGGCGGGGACCUGACUGGAGGUGGGGGGAUCAGGACUGUCACGGUCCAGGGACUGUUGUUAACCACAACGACAACGGAAAGCGUGGUUGGUCACGCGUGGUAUGGGACGCAGGGUCGAGUUUUCCAUAUCGAUACGGUAGUAAUGGUCUUUUUGAAAACUUUGACUUGGUGGAAUGUGAUGAACCUAGAAUUCUACACAACGACCUCAUAGCUAUAGGAUGUCUUGUUGAAAGAGGCCCAGACUGGAGGUGGGGAGAUCAAGAUGGUGGGAUAGGAAAUCUAGGCGUCGUAUAUAAAGUCAAACGCAACGCCAUUGUUUACGUAAGAUGGUCUAAUUCUAACAAAAGCAAUUACAGAUAUGGUUAUGAUGGAAAGUUUGAUGUCAGACUAUGUGACCCAUUCGAAACAGAUGUAGUCAGAAGGUUCCAGCAACAAAAAAGAGCAGCUGCUGGAAAGCUACCAUUUAAAACUGCAAGUGACGUCAACAUCAGAAAGGAAUCGAGUCAGGAUGAGACAAACACUACCAACUCCCAACUUUCAUCUCCCUCGGCAAAGAGUCAGAGCACAGCUUCUAGACUCAGUAGUCAGAGAGGCAAUAAUCCACUCUGUAAAACUGAGUACGAGGGAGAUGAGCAUCAUGAUGAACUAGAGACCGAGUGUCCUUCAACAGAUAAGUGGCAGUUUAAAGGGGAAGACGGUCAGUGGGAAAACUUUCCAGAGGAAAUUCAUCAGAAAAUUGACACAAAUUACAGGAAAAACAAUAGAGCUACAGUCCUGGUUAACAUGAAUGAUUCUUGGUUUAGAAUUGUAUUAUCAAAGAUGAAAAAGAUUGAAAUCGAGACAAGACAAACCACAGAUAUCAGAUUUCUUAAAAGAGAGCAUCCAUUCCCAUGAGUUAAUUCAAAGCAUACCAUGGACAUGAUCAUGAAAUAAAGAAAUCAUUAUUGUCUGUAAUUUAUAGACUACUACAAUUUUUUUCUCUGAAUUUUGCAGUUAAUAUGCACGAA